UCCUCAUUAUUUUUGAGCUCUGCAACAAAGAGUAGAUCUUUCACCUCCACAUAAAUUCAUAAUAAUCAAUCUUAUAUUCAUCCCAGUUAGCAAACCAGAAAUGAUUUGUGAUUGGUACAUCACAGCUCUGUUUCUUCUAAUUCUUCAGGCAAUUUCUUGGAGCAAUGGCUUGUCCAUGGAUUACUAUGCUUUCAGCUGUCCUUCUGCUGAAUCCAUGGUUAUGAACACAGUCUUUCAAGCUCUAAAUAAGGAUCCAACCUUAGCUGCUGGUCUUCUAAGAAUGCAUUUUCAUGAUUGUUUCAUUCAGGGUUGUGAUGGAUCAGUUCUGAUUGAUUCCACAAAGGAUAAUACUGCUGAGAAGGAUUCUCCAGCCAAUUUGAGCUUGAGAGGCUUCGAGAUCAUCGACGAUGCGAAGAAUUUGCUUGAAGAUUGGUGCCCAGGAAUGGUCUCUUGUGCAGAUAUACUUGCCAUGGCAGCAAGAGAUUCAGUCUUUUUUGCUGGAGGACCUGCAUAUGAUAUACCAACCGGAAGGAAGGAUGGAAGAAGGUCCAGAAUUGAAGAUACCAUAAACUUGCCUCAGCCAAGCUUUAAUGCUUCAUCUCUUAUUAGAAUAUUUGGCCAACAUGGGUUCAGUGCACAGGAGAUGGUGGUUCUAUCUGGUGGUCACACUCUUGGAGUAGCAAGGUGCUCAUCUUUCAAGAACCGCCUCAGCCAAUUCGACCCCACCCACCAACAGGACCCGAGUUUGGACCCCAGCUUCGCCAAAUUCCUCUCACAGAAAUGCCUGGCGGGUGACAAUACGGCGGUGGCCUUUGAUGCCUCUCCCAACAUUUUCGACAAUAAUUACUUCAACACCAUUCAAAGAGGAGCUGGGCUUCUGUUCUCCGACCAGGCCCUCUUUAACAGCCCAAUGAUCCGAGGCCUGGUCAAUCUGUACAGCAUGGACCGGGCCUUAUUUUCAUUUGAUUUCCAACAAGCUCUUGUCAAGAUGGGCUUGCUUGAUGUCAAAGAGGAUGAUGAGGGAGAGAUUAGGCUGAACUGCCAUAGGAUUAAUUAACUAAUUCGGUUGCUUAAUCUAGUUGUUAAGCUUUGUUAGAUGAAGGAAAAAAAAUCAUAAACCAAAUUUUUAGUUUGAAUAAAUUUAAAGCUCUCGAAUA